CGCGUUUCGCGUGAACGGUCGCCGAACAAGAGUUGCAACCGACGGCUCGUAGCCACCAGCAUUUCGGAAACGACCAUGAGCAGCUACCUCAAGGAAGGCGUGCUCACGAAGCGCAGCGCGAGCGCCAAGCUCAUCACCAACUGGCGCAAGCGGUACUUUGCGCUCACGCCGACCGAGCUGCUCUACUUUGAGAAGAAGGACGACGCGGAGCCGGGUCGGCGGACGCCGCUCGGCCCGGACGCGUCCAUCUCGCGCACCAACGACCGCGGCUACAAGCUCUGCUUUGUGGUCAAGUCGACGCCGACGGCCGAGCCGUUCUACAUCCAGGCCGCGUCCGAGGACGAGCUCAAGGAAUGGGUCGACGCGAUUGGCAAGGUCGUCGGCAAGAUCGAGGACCUCGUCAACGACGGCGCGGCCAAGGAGCCCGAGGCCGCCAAGGUCGAUGAAGUCGGCAAGGAAGACGUCGUCGAGGGCGGCGAGAGUACCGACGCGCCGGCAGCGUCCGGCGAAGCCACCGAUGGCACGCCACCGACAACCGAAGGCAGCGAGUGAAGACACGAUCGUCGUCGCUUCAACCCUCAUUGACCAACCUCCGCGCCUGCAUAUCCAUAGCGCUAUAUAUCUUGCUACACUAAGUCCAAUGCCAAGGCGCGUGUCAUGCAGCAA